UACCAUCCCUAGCCUGUGGAAAAUAAACAACUUCUUUAGCAAAAUUGCUCAAAUCUAAAAACGAGGCGUAAAUAUGUCGUUUCACUUGAGUACCAAGGAGCGUCUGCUCCUGCUCAUCGACGACAUUGAAAUGAUCGCAAAGGAACUGAUCGAGCAGGCGCACCAAAAGAUAUCCAGCACGGAUCUUGGCGACUUACUCGACUUGUUGGUGGCCAAAGACGAAGAGUUUCGCAAAAUGCUGGAGCUGGCCGAGGAGCAGGCCAAAGUGGAGGAUGCCAUGGACAAGCUGCGUGCCAAGGUCGAGGUGCACGACCGGGAAAUACAAAAGCUACAAAAGUCGCUUAAGGAUGCGGAACUUAUACUCUCCACCGCUAUUUUCCAAGCUCGUCAGAAACUGGCCAGUAUUAACCAGGCCAACAAACGACCGGUGUCCUCAGAGGAGCUCAUCAAAUACGCGCACCGCAUCAGCUCAGCGAACGCAGUGAGCGCUCCUCUCACGUGGUGCAUCGGUGACCUGCGUCGCCCAUAUCCUACGGAUAUUGAGAUGCGCAAUGGUUUGCUGGGCAAGUCGGAUCAAAACCUUAAUGGCGGUCCGGUGCCACAUCAGAACAGUGGCCUCACACCAGAUGUUCAGCGCGGAUUAUCUGGCCCUGGUGGAGCCGGCACCGGAGGAGCUGGUGAAGUGCCGAAUGCCUUCCAAAACCAAUUCAAUUGGAAUCUUGGGGAAUUGCACAUGACAAUGGGUGCUUCCGGCAACUCGGUAGCGCUGGAGACACGUGCUCAAGAUGAUGUGGAAGUUAUGUCCACCGACAGUUCCAGCUCAAGUUCGAGUGACUCACAAUAGGUUUGAAGAAAAGGCAGCAUGUAACUUAUUAGUAUUUUUUAUUAUUAUAUAGCGUAAAAAUAGUUCGUAGGAACAUUUAUAAUUAAUUAAUUAUAA